AUGUCCGAACUAGAACAAUCUUUGGACGCAAUUAUCGCCUCUGACAGGGCAAAAAAAGCUUCUCAUACUGUUUCCAGAAAAAGAAGAGCACCUUCUGGUAGAGUGGGAAAGUCAAAUAGAACAAGAUCAAAUGCCGCCGCUAAGAAGGCCGCAGCAGCAGCAAUUGCAGCAGCAGCUCUAAAGAAGGCAAACAAAAGUAAAGGAAGAAACAGUGGAAGAGUUGUUAGUCCAACUGUUGACGCAAGCUCUCUGGAAAUGGCUACAAAAGUUGUUGUUUCGGGUUUGCCUACCGAUAUUAAACCUUUGAAUGUUAAGGAAUUCUUCCAAUCUCAAAUUGGUGGUGUUAGCCAUGUCUCGCUAUCUUAUAACGAACGAGGCCAGUCAACCGGUGUUGCAACUGUUAUUUUUAAGCAUGCUUCUACUGCAAGAAAGGCCGUUGCUAAGUAUAACAAUGCGCCAAUUGACGGCAAGAGAAAAACUUUGAAACUAGAGUUGGUUGUCGAUCCAGAGCAGAAAUCUUUGGCUGCAAGAAUCACACCUAAUGUUGUUGUUGAUUCUUCAGCUGUGAGGGCUAGAUUGCAAUUCAAGAGAAACAGACGUAACCAGCAAGUCGUCAGAAGUAACAACAGAGGUAGAAGAUCGAACAGUGGUAACAAUAAUGGUAACAAAAAUGGUAAUGGUAAUGGCAAUAACAACGGUAAUAACAAUAAAGGGCGCAAGGGUGGCAGAUCCAGAAGACAAAAGAAGACUGUUGCUGAAUUGGACCAGGAAAUGGCUGAUUACUUUGCUGAGGGUAAGCAGUUGGACCGGUUAUGA